CCUGCACAUAGUAUGUCGAAAUGAUUUAUCCCGAGAGCAUGGCUGUUUACAGCCUCCACGAGAAAAACGAGUGCAUUCCGCAUGAUAUUCAUUUAUGCGGCUCCGAAUUUAUUACAAAGAUCUUUUCCAAAAUCCAAAACGGUCUGGAGCAAUGGAGGCAAAGCUUGCAAAUGGAGAUUUCGUCAAAGUGAAACAUCAAAGUGUAGUUUUUUUUUGUUAAGUGCAGGCCGUCUUUUUUUUUCGACUCCGCAGCAAUCUGUUUCACUUUUUUUGGAAAGUCCUAUCUUCAGUUUCACUCUUGUGUAGUCUGAAUUAGAAAAGCACCGAGCUGGAGGACUUUCUUUUUUACUGAAGCGACGACACCAUUUCCACAAAAAAUUUGAGUUUAUGUUUAUCGCAAUUGAAUGCCAGCACAAAGAACAACCCAAGAACAUCAAGACAACAUCAUAGGCAAUUUCUCAAUUUUUUUCCCCAUUCCACAAUCCCCAAAAAGAUUCACCUUCUUCAAGACCGUGGCGCACUCUUGAAGUAGCAUACGAAUUUGGAUAUAGUACAAAUACGGCUCUUGUUGAUCAAGCUUUGAUCACGGGCUCAUUUCCACAUCUCGCCUAGCAUGACCGACAUAACCGACGAGGCUGCGUAUUACGCUAACCUGGCCGAGGAGGACGAUGAGGACGAGGAGGAAGAGCAGCAAGCCCCAGAGCCAGCAGCCAAAAAGCAGAAAACCACAACAAAUGACACUAGCAGUAGCUCAACGGCAACAGGAGCGGCGGCAAAGUCAAUAGCAAAUAACGAAGCAGGCACUUCUGCUGCCGGUGCACCAAAUGCCGCAGACGGAACAACCACCGGCGCUACUACAACUGGGUCGGCGAAGAGUGGUAAGCCAAAGACACCAGCGACUGGCCCAGUAGACAGCAAGGCACCUCCUGGAGAACAAGGAGGACCUCCACCUCAAACUGGUCCUGGGGGGAAGACAGAAGGUGAGAAAGAAGAGAAGGAGGUAACGCCGAAUGACGAGGAGAAGCUGGAUCUUCAAGCCCCAGAGCCCGAUACUUCGCACGGGGCGCACAACAACUGGGAUGUGCGAUGUGUGGUCGUGAGGCAAGGUAUGCAUUUUUUUUGACAGGAGCUCUCGUGGUCGACGAGGGAGGGCGAUGGGUCCCGCGGUUACGGCAUAAGUUUUAGUACCACAGCAUUUAGGAAUUGAUUCUCACAACUCCGAAGUCUGUUUAAGUUUAUCUGCAACUACUGCAGCAUGUUCAUCGUGGCGUUUGCUCUUGCGUGCCAUUGUCAACGGUCUCUUUCAAACCAAAAAUCAGGCCAAUUGAUGCUGGAGCUGCAGCGCCGAGAGCCUCCCCUUUCAAACGACAACCUGAUCCGGUUCUCGGACUGGCUGUCGAAGCAGCUGCCGAAAAUCAUCGAGUCAUUUCCCUACGUAAGGAAAUCCGGGUGUGUGGUCGACCUGUCUGACAACACCAUCGGUCCGCAGGGUCUGGAUAGGCUUCUCAACGUCCUCAGGGACCACAAAGUGCCCUGUAAUACGCUCAAGGUAUGUAUUUUUUGGACACAGUGAGCUGCUGGUACUUAUUGGUUCUUUGUUCACUUUAGAAGUUUAUUUCCGUAGAAGAAUCGAAUUCGAAAAACGAACAUGAAAAGAAUAUUGUCGACAAACUCAAACAAACAGGCCUACAGAAAUUGUCUCGACGACAGCAUAGUCGACACCAUGGUCGAGUACUUUUACACGCAGCCUAACGGGAACGCGAUUCAGUCGAUACACAUGUCGCACAACCGCAUCACCGAUACAGGCUGCCUGAGACUACUAGAAGCGGCGUGCAAAUGCGAACAGUAUAAAUUGCUAGUGGUUUUUUUAGUUGCAGUGGUGGAGGUCAAUCAAAAAUCGCAGCUAGUAUAUAUAGAUGUCGUUACGCAUACUCAAUUUGAUUUCUUCCUGUGGCUGCGCUACGUUCAUCGCCAAUGAUUUUUCCAUAAAAUUUCCGAUGAAAUGAAAACCAGCUAUCCCCGGCACAUCGGCGAGUCCCUGCACCCAUUGUGGCUGCGUCUGGAGUGCAACGCGAUCGAGAACCCAACGAAGUGCAUCGUGAAAAUGGGCGAGGAUCCAAAAAACCGGGUGUGUUUGAUGCAGGACGGGCAGUGCAGUCAGAAGCACUGUGACCACUGGAACGUGCACGUGCAGCUGCCCCACUUUGUGAACCAAGACGCGAAGAACGAGCACCGGGCCUACGAGCACGGGGAAUACGACAAAAACGUCAAUAAUGAGCAACUUUUGGCCCACGUCUUCGCGGGCGCAAACGCAGCGGCCGGGAAUAGCGAAGCGGUCACGCCGGCAAACAACGGUGGAGCAGCAAAUAGCAGAGCAAAGUAUGAUUUGGAUUUGCGCUACUCUAGUUCAUGCUCGACAUCAUGGCCAAGCUCCUUAUAACUGUAUGCGAAUUUCUCUGGGAGUAUUCCGAUGUGUUGGCAUCACACAAAAGUUUGAAUCUUGACGUAUUGGAAGAAGAAAAUCUACACAAAAACUACAGGUCACCUGCACCUACCGGCGCAGACUUCGAUCCAAAAAUGAAGGAAGAGCUGGUUCUUCUUGCGAAGGGCAUCCAGAAGGGGCUUAUCGAGAAAGGUAGAGAUAAGCCUCGUUGUUCAGGAUUGAAGUUGAAAAUGAGAUUUAAAUCCACCACCACUGUUGAGCUGUUAGUUUCAUACAUGAAGAAAAAGGUGCAACAAGAAUGACAACGUUUACCCUAUCUAUCACCCACCACUCCCAGGUCAAGGCAAGGCAGCCAUGGUCCAAUUGAUCCAGCGAGCGAAAGGCAUCAGCAACAAAAACGGCCCGCAGAACGGCAUGGGAGGCAGCGCUUCGCCCUCAAGAUCCAUGCCCAUGCCACCAAUGCCCGGGGAGUUUAACAACCAGAAGGGCGGCUCUUCCGGUAGUAAUUGGAACUCGGGAAAGCAACAGUCCUACGGCAAGAACGACGGCUCCGGUGGGAAAUACGGCAAAGCGGGGAAGGGAAAAGGCGGCUACGACAAUUACAACAGCUAUGGGAAGUCCAACGGCUACAACAGCAGAAACAGCUGGAACAACAGCAAUUCCUAUGGAAGUAGCCACCCGCUCAAAGGUGGGAAAUCCUCCGGGUCCUUUGACAAGGAGGGGAGUCAGUACGGGGGCAAGAGCAGUCGGUCUGGGUAUGAUAAGUACGGUGGCGGAAAUAAGGGCGGCAACAACUCUUACGACCAGAACCGCUGGAGCAAGAACGGCGGCGGGUCCCAUUGGGGCAGCAGCAGUGACAGAAACAGCGGCUACAACAACGGGUACAACAGCAACUACAAUUCCUACAGCAACCACGACAGGAAUAGCUCCUACGGAGGGUCUUCCGCGCCCGCUGCGCCGCCGAAAAAAACGCAGGUGGACAUCAGCUUUGGCAAAAAUCAGGACCUCGGCUUUGAGUACAAAAUGGAGCAGAUAGACGAAAUCGACACCGCGGUCGUCACGUAUAGUUGUUGUUCUUUUGAUACUGAUUUUGAUAUAAGUAUUUCCCUUCGCUUGCUCAAUAAAGAGUAGCGUGGGCCCUUUUGACCUUGAUCAUGACCCAGACAUGUUCAUAUCAACGCAAUCCUCCUGCCUUGCUGAUUCAAAUUCAAUAUGAUGAUGAUCAUCUUCAAAUAAAUUCCUACAGUGCCGUCACGAAAGGCUCCGAAGCGGACACGAAAGGCCUAGAGAUCGGGUGGAAAAUUUCCAGGAUGAACGGUAUGGAUGUUUCCAUGUUCUCCGCGGCGCAAAUUACCGAACUUAUCAAGGACAGGAAAAAUUUGUCUGUGCGGUUCAAAGCGUGACGAUUUCGAAAAAACCUGUCCGUAUUGGUGUACCAGCUCGCGCGCCGCUCUUCGGAGGUAGCUCAGGUCCGUGAUGCUGUUUCCCACGAAGUUGCUCUGCGGGGAAAUGAGAUGACUUUGUAUACCUGUCUUUAUUUCAAAGAAAAAACCAAAAAGAAAUUGAAAGCGUGAAAUGAAAGUAGCCCGAUGAAAGAGGUGAGUAAGUUCGAGAUUGACCAUAUCAAAGAGAUCUUUUUAGAUCAGCGUUAGCGUUAGUUUACAUUUUGCUGUAGGCACUGAGGAGUAAGAUUGGGAGUAGUUCUUGAGGCGCAUGAUUACAUCUCCCAGUUUUGAAGCAUGACCUUGAAGAGCGGGAAAAUUAGUAGGACAAAGGGGCAUGGUUCAUCAUGAUGGGGCUAGCGACACUAGAGGCGCUGAAGUAGUAGAACUUGCGGGUGAGAAGCAGGUGCUUAUUCAGUUUAUAUCAAAUUAAGAAAUUUCUGCACCUCGUCCGCUUGACUUUUCUUCUGCUCCUGUAUCACCCCAUUAGAAUAUGGAACUGGCUGUAGUAGUUUCAGUUUCUGUCAUAGCGGCCAGCGAAUAAAGGUAUAGAGCGAGAAUUACGGUUACCAACUUCCCCCCCCCGCUUUGUUCUGUUGGCAUCGACGUCAUUUGUUUUCCUCAGGGGUUGUAUCAGGAUAAGCAAAACGGUGCGCCGGCGUCCUAAAGAGGUUUUUCAUUUUCGCAUUUUGAAGAAUAUUUGAUAGAGCGAAGUCACCCUGACGCUUUACACGUUUACCCAGCGAAGAAAAGAUGAUUUUGGUUCAAAGAAAAAAGACUCGCCUUUGAUGAUUCACUUCCCCGAAGAACGCAUAGUGCUCUACCCCGCUGCCGAUCUUUAGGUUUGUAUCGCAAGAAGAGGACGAAUCAAGAAAACUCCAUGUCAAUAAAUUCACGAAGAAAGGACG